AUGUAUUCAUCCGUGAGAUUUGAAAGUCACGAACGAAACUCAGUCGAUGGUGAAGGAAAUCUUACCUUUACAUACUUGACUUCGACGUUCAUUCCCGAAAGUUACAACGACAAUGCUUAUUUACAGAAGACCCCUGCAAAACCUAUUACUAAACCAUUAGUUUUGGCCCAGAAAAAAGUCGAGACAUCAUCAAGUGAUUCCGACUCCGAUGAUGAGGAUAAGCCACAACUCAAGAGGGCCAUUUCCAAACCUAAUGUAAAGUUAGCUGUUGCGGCUGCAAAGAAAGCCACAAGUUCUUCAAGCGAUUCGGAUUCUGAUGAGGAAAUUUCAGCGAAGAAACUCGUCAAACCUGUCGCGAAGCCCGUUGCAAAGCCAGCAGCUACGACCGCGAAAAAAGCGGCGACAUCCAGCAGUGAUUCGGACUCUGAUGAUGACGAGCCACAAACAAAGAAAACACUUGCAAAAUCUCCAGUAAUUCCUAAGGCUUCUAAGCCAACUGCUAUGAAAAAUGCCUCAUCCUCUAGUGACUCUGAUUCGGACGAUGAAACAAAAGUCAAGCCGACGACUCCUGCCGCGAAACCAACCUCAACGCAGAAUGCUAAGCCUACGGCUAUUCAGAAAAAGCCUUCCUCAUCGUCUAGUGAUUCCGAUUCAGAUGAUGAAACGAAAGUCAAGCCGACGACUCCUGCCGCGAAACCAAACUCGACACAGAAGGCUAAGCUAACAGCUACUCAAAAAAAGCCUUCUUCAUCGUCUAGUGACUCCGAUUCAGACGAUGAUGCUCCCGCUAAAAAAACCCCUACAAAACCUGUGGUAAAAGUUGCACCCGUGUCUUCUAAGAAGCCGACGUCUUCGUCAAGUGACUCAGACUCCGACGAUGAUGCUGCUGCUAGGAAGAAAACUUCUAUUGCUCCUGUUGAAACCACCAAGCCCGAUGCGAAGAAGGUUGAGAGCUCAUCUAGCGAUUCGGACUCCGAUGAUAAAACUACGACAAAGAAAAUAUCUGCCCCAGUUGCCAAGAUGACAACUCCAGCAGCAAAGAAGGCUUCUUCAUCAUCGUCUAGCAGUUCUGAUUCAGAUGCGGCUGAAUUAAAGAAAACUCCUGUCAAACCGGCAGUCCCUUCAGUGAAGUCAGCUGCGUCAUCUGCUAAGAAACCCGCAUCAUCAUCAAGUGAUUCAGAUUCUGAGGAGGGAGAGAAGAAACUUCCUGCAAAAUUAGUACCAAAAGCAACAUCCACGCCAUUUGUUAAGAAAGCUUCAAGCUCAUCCAGCGAUUCCGACUCUGACGAUAAUGAUAAAAAGGCAAGAUUAUCUACUCCGGCAAAACCUUUUGCUGCUAAGCCUAUUAAACCUGCAACCAAAAGGGCGGAUUCAUCAUCAUCUUCAAGUGAUUCUGACUCCGAUGAUGAAAAGAAGAAGAAAGUAACGACGAAAACAACAUCAAAAGUCCCUUUGAAGCCUGUCGUUCCUACCAUUGCCAAAAAAGCUGCUUCUUCAUCGUCGUCAAGUGAUUCGGAUUCCUCAGAUGAAACCCCUGCCAAGAAAAAACCUACAAAGCCAGCACCUAAGCCAGUUACUUCUACUACCAAGAAGGACGCAUCCUCGUCUAGUGAUUCUGAUUCUGAUGAUGAGCCAACUGUUAAGAAAACACCGAUUAAACCAGUGGUAAAUCUUGUAAAACCGGCGUCAGCGAAAAUAGCAGCAAAAAAGACGGCUUCGUCGUCUAGCAGUGAUUCCGACUCUGAUGAAACCACUUCCAAAGUUGAAGGCUGCUACGCUAAAAACUGCAAUCAGAUCGAAUUCAACUGCUAA